CAACAUGAUUUUCCAUGGAAUUGGCUCUCUCUUCCGAGCUGCCGCCCUGCCCCACUGCGCACCGCACCGCCAGGCCCAAAAGUCCACUACCUCAGAAAUUAAUUUUAUCUUGCUCGAAUUUACAAAUAAUCGCCAAAAGCCCAGGUCAGAGCAAGAAGAACGACACCAGUCUCUUGAAGCCACCGUUUGUUUCUCUGUUUCAUGCACCGAACGCCACUUCGUCACCCAUGCCUCGAUCACAGAUUGGAUACUUGGUUGCUGUAAAUAACAAUCUCGAAGAAGACACUUCACUCCCUAAGCUCCCGCUUUUUCACGGCCCCAAUUUCAUCGGCCGCAACGAUGUUUCCGUUCCCGACAAGAGACUCAGCCGCAAACACAUUGCUUUAACCACCUCCCCUGACGGCUCCGCCGAUUUAUUCGUCGAGGGAACAAACCCCGUGGUUGUUAGGUCCGGCAAGGUGAGAAAGAAGCUUGCUUCCCGCGAAAAUGCUGCUAUUAGCAAUGGUGAUAUCAUAGAGCUGAUUCCGGGUCAUCACCUUUUCAAAUACGUAUCAUCUUCAACUGGCGAAAAUAAGAGAAGUUUUAGUGAAGCUAACAGCGAUGGAGAAAACCCGGAACUUGCUGCUAAGAAAAAGCGAAAUCUAGGUUCCAAAAAUGAAACAAACUCGGCUAAGCAGCUGAAGGUAGAGGAGAAAGAAGGUAGUAAUAAAGAGCAGAACUGUGUUGAGGCUAUUAGUAGUUUUCGGGUUUCGAAUGAUAAGUUGCCGCAAACAUUUCGUCUCUUGAAAGUUCAAGGGUUGCCGGCAUGGGCAAAUACUAAUUCUGUUUCUAUAGGGGAUGUGAUUGAGGGGGAUGUUCUUCUUGCGGUCCUCUCGAAUUACAUGGUAGAUAUUGAUUGGUUAAUAUCAGCAUGUCCGAAACUUGCGAAAAUUCCCAAUGUAUUGGUUAUUCAUGGGGAAGGUGAUAGCAGGCUGGAUCUUAUGAAGAGAAGGAAGCCUAACAAUUGGAUUCUACACAAGCCACCAUUACCGAUUUCAUUUGGAACACACCAUUCGAAGGCAAUGCUCCUUGUGUAUUCUAAAGGAAUUAGAGUUAUUGUUCAUACGGCAAACUUAAUAUAUGUUGACUGGAACAAUAAAAGUCAAGGUUUAUGGAUGCAAGAUUUCCCUUGGAAAGAUCAAAGUAACUCAGCAAAAGGAUGUGGAUUUGAGAAUGACUUGAUUGACUAUCUCAGCACAUUGAAGUGGCCAGAGUUCACUGCUAAUUUACCAGCUCUUGGAAACUUCAACAUUAAUUCCACCUUCUUCAGGAAGUUCGAUUACAGUGAGGCAAAGGUUCAACUAAUUGCGUCCGUACCUGGAUAUCAUACGGGUUCUAAUAUGAAAAAGUGGGGUCAUAUGAAAAUGCGUACUGUUCUCCAAGAGUGUGUUUUUGAUAAAGAGUUCCAGAAAUCUCCUCUAGUUUAUCAGUUCUCCUCCCUCGGUUCGUUGGACGAGAAAUGGAUGUCCGAGCUAGCAACUUCAAUGUCAUCGGGUUAUUCAGAAGAUAAAACACCACUUGGAUUGGGAGAGCCAUUUAUAAUUUGGCCCACUGUUGAGGACGUCAGAUGCUCCUUAGAGGGUUAUGCUGCUGGCAGUGCAAUUCCAAGUCCUAUAAAGAACGUGGAAAAAGGAUUCUUGAAGAAGUAUUGGGCAAAGUGGAAGGCAAGCCAUACCGGCCGCUGUCGUGCAAUGCCACAUAUCAAGACGUUUACCCGCUACAAGGGGCAACAACUGGCUUGGUUCUUGCUAACUUCUGCAAAUCUUAGCAAAGCUGCCUGGGGAGCUCUUCAGAAGAACAAUUCUCAGUUGAUGAUCCGUUCUUACGAGCUCGGUGUGCUAUUUUUACCUUCUCAUAUCAAAGAAGAUGGCCGCGAAUUUUCUUGUACAGCCAAUGGAGGUUCAUCAAAGGUUAUCGUUAAAUCAAAACCGAUCAGCAACUCUGUAGCAGCAAAAACGAAGCUAGUAACUCUUGUUUGGCAAGGAAGCAAGACAUCCGAAGUAAUUCCAUUGCCCGUGCCGUACGAACUCCCUCCCGAGCUAUACACAUGUGAAGAUGUCCCGUGGUCUUGGGAUCGACAAUACACGAAGAAGGAUGUGUUCGGUCAGGCUUGGCCUCGAAUGUAGUGUACGGUCAUAUGAUUUCUCUAGAUUGCACAUACGGAUUCUGUGUAGUAACAUAUCAAUGGUGCUUCCAUGGGCAUCUAAGGAAUCACAAGAUUUUGAGAUAGCCCCCUUAUCGGUCAUAUGUGUGUAUAUAUAUAGAAAAGAUAAUAGUAUUUAGUAAU